UGCAACGAGCACAACUUCAUUUGGUGUUAUCAAUGCGGCGGCAAUGUGCAUAGUUAGGAGGACUCUAAAGAAGCCAGCAUCACAGACAAGAUUGGCCGAAGUGGGUCGCUUGGAAGCGGCCAAAGUUGAUAGUAAAUAUGAAACUGGUCAAUUAUUCCUACAUAAAAUAUUUGGUUAUCGUGGUGUAGUCCUAUUUCCAUGGAAAGCCAGAGUAUAUGAUCGUGAUCUGCACAAUCCUAAUAAACAAAAACCUGCAACAACAACAACAGCAGGCGGAGCUGGAGCACAAACUACAAAUAUUGCAACAUCUACAGUUGGCGAUACAAACGAAUCAAACACCAAAGAAGUCAAGGGAAAAGUUCAGACAUUUUAUCAAGUUUUAAUCGAUUCUCGUGAUUGUCCCUAUAUUCGCGCCCAAACGGAAGCAGUGACCUUUUUAGGUAAUCAGGAUUCAAAUCGUAGCCUUUAUGCUAUACCUGGUUUAGAUUAUGUGUCGCACGAUGAUAUUAUGCCAUAUUCGACAACGGAAAAAACACCAUUACAGCAUGAACUUUUUGAAAAGUUCUUGGGCUAUGCCCCCGAAAAAGAUCCUCCAUUUGAGGCGAAAGACACCCUAAAGACAUGGCAAGAAAAAAAUCAUCCUUGGUUGGAAUUGAGUGAUGUACAUAAGGAGACAACGGAGAAUAUUCGUGUAACUGUGAUACCAUUCUAUAUGGGCUGUCGUGAAACUCCUGCUUCUUCGGUUUAUUGGUGGCGUUACUCCAUUCGUUUGGAAAAUCUCGGUAUGAUGACAGUACAAUUACGCGAAAGACACUGGCGUAUAUUUUCACUCUCAGGUACAUUGGAAACAGUACGCGGCCGGGGUGUUGUAGGCCAAGAGCCUAUACUAAGUCCCCGUCUGCCAGCUUUCCAAUAUAGCAGUCAUGUUAGUCUACAAGCUCCCAGCGGCCAUAUGUGGGGCACAUUUCGUCUAGAACGUGAAGAUGGUCAUAUGUUCGAUUGUAAAAUACCACCCUUCUCACUGGAGAGUAAACCCGAAGAGACAACCACCAACACUACAAAUUCAGGGCAAACAAAAAAUCCCGAUGAAUAA